AUGGCGCCAAUACUCAUACUAGACGGCGGCCUCGGCACAUCUCUAGAACAAGAAUACAACGUCAAAUUCAGUCCAUCCACACCUCUUUGGUCAUCCAAUCUCCUCGUCUCUGACCCCAGCACUCUUCUCCAAUGCCAGAGCGACUUCGGCCAAGUUCCAGUUGACGUCCUCCUCACUGCAACCUAUCAAGUCUCCAUCAAAGGGUUCGGCGACACGAAAAAUUCUCAUUAUCCAAAUGGAAUCUCUUCGUCGGAAAUUCCUCAAUUCCUGGAAACUGCUGUCAACGUCGCGGAAAAGGCCACUCAGGGACACAACAGCACCAUUGCGCUGAGUCUUGGCCCAUAUGGAGCUUGCAUGAUCCCCAGCCAGGAAUACAGUGGCAAAUACGACGAGGGGCACGAUUCUCAACAAGACCUGUGUAACUGGCACAGUGAGAGAUUGAAGCUAUUCGGAAAAGUGCAGGAUUUAUCUACGCGUAUUGGAUACAUUUCCAUGGAGACGAUCCCCCGCGUCGAUGAGAUUGCAGCAAUGAGAAAAGCCCUGGAUUCGGUGCCAGAGCUGCAGGGUGUGCCAUUCUGGAUGUCCUGCCUGUACCCUGGCGAUGAUGAGUUGUUGCCCAGUGGAGAAACUCCAGAAGUCGCCUUACGGACAAUGUUUGACCGUCAAGUUGCAAAAUCCGUGCCCUGGGGAGUGGGCAUCAACUGUACCAAGGUGUGGAAGCUUACUUCGCUCUUAAAGAAGUACGAAUCUGCCAUUGAGAAUCUGGUUGACGAUGGAGCUCUGCAGGAAUGGCCUGCGUUGGUGCUCUACCCGGACGGGACAAAUGGAGAGGUUUACAACACUGUCACGCAAGUGUGGGAAGUACCGGACAAUGCAAAGGGCGUGAAGAGAGUUCCAUGGGAGGAACAACUUGCCGAGGUGGUUCGCGGAACAGAGAGCAGAGGGAACUGGAAGCAGAUUGUAGUUGGAGGUUGCUGUAUGGCUAGUUCAGAGGACAUAGCAAGGCUACGACAAGUUUUGCUAGCGACGUAA